AUGUGUAUUCUUAACAAGAUUAUAGGAUUAAAUAUCCUGCUCGGAUUUGAUAGUUUCAGAUUCUCUUUGACAGAUGUAUAUUAUUGAUUUUAUUGAUAGGAUCGGGGUUAUGUGAAAUUGUUGAUAUAGUUGUGA